AUGGUAACAACAAUAUUCAUAAAAAAAUAUAAUAAUAAUGAUAAUGAACGAAAGCUAUAUCUAACAACGUGAUGACGUGUUGCAUGCGCUCCACCAAUCAGCGUUUUGGUGGCUUCUGGCACCAAAACUCUGAUAAAGGGCGGCGAGGCUGCCGCAGCCAACAAUCCCGCCAACGAUGGUUGCAGAGAAGCAGCCUUAUACCUUCAGUUUUUACUGCGUGUUCAGGUCAAACGUCUCAAUGUUUAGGACUUUUCAAGACAGAUGAAAGUUUGACAUAAGAGUCUGGAAGUCACGAGGUUUGUGACGGUUGUUUCUGUUUCGGAAGGAGAAAUAAUCUGAGAAGAUUUAUUACCAGACCAGCAACGUCUCCCAUCACGAUGAAGAUCAACAAGAAGCUGCUGCCAAUCAAAGUUCAUUAUUUCCUCCGAUAUGCAGGUUCGGCAACUUUAGUGGAGCUGUUCCCGCUGAUAGUGCGGAGCAAGGGACUCUCGCCACAGACAGUGGGGGUUCUGUGGACCGUCAUGCCCAUGGUGGGCCUCAUCGCUAACAGCAUCUGCGGCAUGCUGGCUGAUUACUUUAAGGCCCAUCGCACCGUCUUCCUGGCUAGUAUAACCAGCCUGACAGUGGGUCUUGUAGCCAUGUAUUGGAUACCAGAGCUUCCAAUCGCUGCUCAAGCCUCAGAGGAAGCUUUCAACCUCACCUUGGUGGGAAACGCAACUCUCUUUUCCAGGGCGUCCCUCGCCUACAGCAGCACGUUGCCCCUGGACGUGGCGGGCGUGGACACAGAGAUGACAGUUGGAGAGGGCCAGACGGCACACCUCGCCCCACUGCCCAGUGAGGGUACAUCGGGGAUUCCAGAGGAGAGCGAGGGUGUGGCCUCCCUUCUACGCUACCCGCAGUUCUGGCUCAUCGUCUUCGCCCUCAUCCUAGAACAUAUAGGAAGCAAUACUUGUAUCGUGAUGACAGAUUCUGUCUGCUUCCAGAUUCUUGGUUCUGAGCGGCAUCUGUAUGGACGGCAGCGGCUGUGGGGCACAAUCGGUAUGGGCGUGAUGGCCAUCGUCUCAGGCGCGCUUGUUGACAUCUACUCCCAGGGUCUGCCACAGAAGGAUUACCUGCCCGCCAUCAUCUCCUGCAUCGUUUUCAUGUCGGCAGACAUUCUGGUGGUGGCAAGGAUGAAGAUUCCUUACUGCAGUGACGAGAAAUUAAAGAUGGGAAAAGUUGGCAACAUUCUUCUGCAUCCCGAAGUCCUUCUCUUCCUAAUGACCGUGUACGUGAUGGGCGCGUCGCUUGGCAUCGUUUUUAUAUUCAAACUGAUGUUGGUGGAGGACGUCGCCCUGGCAUGGAAUUCUGACUUUCCCGCGCUCAAACUCCUUCAGGGAUUAGUUUUAGGCAUCGAAACUUUCGGCGGAGAGGUGCCUUUCUUUUUCCUCUCAGGGAUGAUAAUCAAGUGGCUGGGAUACACCGGUGUGCUCAUCACGUCAGUGCUCAGCACAGGGCUGAGGUGCACCCUCUACUACACAGUCAGCAAUCCCUGGUACUUCCUCCCCAUAGAGCUCCUUAAUGGUGUCAGCUUUAGUCUCUUCCAAUCCGUUAUGGGUGCCUACGCCAGCCACAUCGCGCCACCAGAAGCCCAAGCCACCAUUCAGAGCCUCGUUAGGGCCUCCUUCUCUAUAGGCGUGUCCACGGCUGGAUUCCUGGGCGGCCUGCUCUACAACACCCAGGGCGGGUCCAUCACCUUCCUGAAAGUGGGUGUGUUCGAUCUGAUCUACGUGCUUGUCUUCUCUCUCCUUCACUUCCUGAUCAACAAAUACUGCACAGGUGAGGCGAGCUGUGUGGCGCUGCAGGACGGUGCUAAGCAGAAUGAUCCCCGCCAAGGAGGCUCCGUUAGUGGUGAUGUUCCCGGGAGAGAAAUCCCUGUAGGCCGCGGGGAGCAUGAGCAGGAUUUAUGAGGGCACAAAGAACGAGUGUGUAAGGUUUACAGUUUAAGGGUUUUCUCUUCGCUGUGAGCGGCGGAAGAAACAUUCAGAAGCAAGUCUUCUGACCUGCAUCUUUUAGUAGUUCAGUUCUACAGAGAUAUUGGAAGAAGGUGCAGUAUCGCUCCAAUCCCUCCUCAAGAUCCCUUUAAACGGAAGUGCCUCUGGCGUUUUGCCUCUGCUAGUUUGGGGAACCUGAGGAGGUAUUUUGUUGAUUUUCCUUGAAAUGACUACUGCUUCCGUGUCAGAAACUCGUCUCUGUGUGCCGAACGUAUAACAGAGGUAAUAGUGUCUGGCAUGGAAACAUACAUUCCUCACUCUUUUUCUUGACCUAAACCUUCCAAACCUUGGUUUAACACAGCCUAUUCUCGUGCUAUACAUAAUAGAGAGGAGGCUAACAAAAGGUACUUAAGCCUUCCAUCACCAGAAUCUCAUGUGCUUUAUAUUUCUGCCCGGAACCAUGCCAAGUCUGUUCUCCAACUAGCCAAAAACUCCUUCAUUAAUACAAAGUGUCAAAAUCUUUUAAGAUCUAACUCCCUUCGUGAAUUCUGGCACCUAGCCAAAAAAACGUCUCCAAUAUUUUUGCUUCUUCUUUCCCUCCUUUAUUUCAACCAGGUGGCACCGCUGCUAUCACAUCUAUCUCUAAAGCCGAACUCUUCGCUCAAACCUUUGCUAGAAAAGCUUCCUUGGAUGAAUCAGGGCUUGUUCCUGUAUGUUCCUGUUCCAUGUAUGGUGUAUGGUUCACAUGUCUUGGUGGGGUUCUACUCAUAACGCUUUUCUAGACAGGAUGGAAUCAAAAGCUUCUCGUCUCGUCAACUCCUCUCCUCUAAUUGACUGUCUUCAACCUCUUUCUCAUUGCCGACAAUGCUGCAUCUCUUGCUAUCCUCUACCGUUGUUUUCAUUCUAACUGCUCUUCUGAUCUUGCUAACUGCAUACCUCCCCUCCUCCACUCGUUGCACAAGACUCUUCUUUCUCUCACUCUUAUUCUGUCCACCUCUCUAAUGCAAGAGUUAACCAGUAUUCUUAAUCAUUUAUCCCUUACUCUGGUAAACUCUGGUACUCCCUGAUUGCUUCUGUACUUCACCUUCCUAUGACUUGAAUUCCUUCAAGAGGGAGGUUUCAAGACACUUUUCCUCAAUUUUUCUGACUGCUGCUUUGGACCCUAUUCGGAGACCGGCAUCUCAGUGGUCCUUCUAUUUAUUUAUUUAUUUAUUUAUUUUUAUUUUUUUUAUUAUUGGCCGGUGUCCUUCCUACACAAAAGAAAAAAGAAGUUAGCAUCCCUCUCCAGUGACCACGCCAGAGAUUCCUUUAGGAACUGACUUGGUAAUAGAUCUGCUAUAAUGGAAUUGAGAGACACCACGGUUGCACAGCGUCAGGGAAGUAAGUGUUUUUGUAGAAGAGAGACUAAUGAAACUGGAAAGGGGAAAACGUUCGGAUUAUUCCUCGAGACGAUGCGGGUAUGGGUUCUCGUUAGUUCCAUUACGUUAUGUUGUCGUGUCUUUCAUGACUCUCUUUACCAUCUUACAGUAUCACAAAAUUAAAAUUUCAGUAACACACCUCACUGAAUAAACAUUCCUAUUUGUAUGUAGAAAGUGCUCAGCCAUAAAAUAUAAAUGUUUAAAUGUGUUAUCAUGAUUGUUAUUUUUAUGGUACAAAUUUUAUGGUAUAAAUUGAAUAAUUUGUAAUAAUAGUUGCUUGAUACUAAAAUGUCUUUUCAAUAUAUUAUUUACUAGCAU